AUGACGAAAUGUGAUCAUAUCCUUAGAAAAAGUCUCGAAGAUGCAACCGUUAGAGACAUGGAAGUUCCGGAGCUGGGACCAUGCUCGGUGUGUAAUAACGAGAUUUUAAUGCUUCCUAUCAAGGCGUUCACGGUACUUAGCUGUGGACAUGUGUACCAUAGACUUUUCAUUGAGAAGAAACUUUUACACACUUCGACAGGUGUAUGUCCAUUCCCCGAUUGUAGGCAGAAUGUUGAGAAAAUUGAUGAUGAUUCUCCUGAAGUUGCUAAUAGGCGAGAUUCGCAGUCUAGUACAUCAUCCGUGGUUGGUAGAAUGGAAAAGCAACUCCAAAUCAAUACUUCUGAAGUGAUUCCGGAAGAGGAGGAGCCUGAUCAAGAAAUGGAUGUAGAUGAGGAAACAACUAAACCCAAUGCAAGUAGUAAGAAGCGGGCUAAUGUAGCUACUGACUCAUCCCCUAGCAAGAAAACUAAGGAAUUGAAAAGAGGGGACUCCAUAGAGAAGCUUUACAAGAAGUUGAGCGUGAUCGAACUUUAUUUAAAAAUAUCCAAUGCUGAAGAGUGGAACAAAAAGGCACGCCAUGAAGUUAUUGUGGCAUAUUACUAUUUCGGGGAGGAGCUAGAGAAACGCCUUGCCCACUAUAGAAAGACAUACGAGGACCAUGAAAGCAUCAAAAAAGCUCUAUGACGAGGUUAAAGAUCAGCUCCCAAAAGAAGUUACAAAAAUCGCUGUCCGAAAGAAAUCAGACAGGACAAGGAAGAUUUAUGAUCUUUUUUUCCAUAUUAGUGAUGAUAAAAUUCAAAAGGAUGGUUCUAAUCCAACGACUAAAAACAGUUUCAGCGACAU